CGCAACCACGCUUGAAACUCUUCCUCCACUUCUUCUUGUCCAAGAUCCAUCUCAAACCUUUUCCCUUCUAGACCCCACAGUUUUCCCCGCAUUGCGACACCCGGGGUAGACGGCCUUACACAACCUCCAUACGAAUCUCUUCCGUAUCCCAGAUUCCCGAAUCCCCACCCCCAUUAAACCCACGCCUACGCACGCACGGUUCCGUCGACACUUGGUGUUUUGAACCCUGAUCUUUGCUUUCUCCUUCCAUCUCGCCAGACUUGCUUCGCUCUGCUCCUGUUCGACUCGACUCGACUCGACAUCUUUGACUUCAUCACUCUAUCCCCAGCAGCAUAGACCCACUGUUCGUUGCCUUUGGCUCUGCUCGACUCGCAAGAAAGCAGUGAGAAUCACUACCAUUGGGCCCAAUUGGCUUUUAGCCCCUUACUUUGUCUAGCUAUCUUUGUUCUUGUUGUUGUUUUGGUGCCAUAGGUCGCCAUGGUGAACCGUAGUGCCACUGACGCUGCUCCCCCAGCGACUCCUAUCGCGCCUGUCGUGAAGCGGAAACGACGCGCGUCUUGUCUGGGGGAGCAGGAACGUCGGGAGCGGAAACGUGCAAUAGACCGCGAGGCCCAGCGUUCGUUGCGCGAGAAGACAAAAACUCACAUAGCGGACCUCGAACGCACCAUCCAGAUACUACGCGAGCAGGACAGAAAUGGUGCUACUGCGAGCCUCCUUUCUGAGAUCGACAGCCUCAGAGCGGAGAACGAGAGACUGCGCGAUGUGAUCGAUAGCGUGAAAAGCCUCGUUGGGAGCGAGAUAUUCCCCAGGAACAAUUCCACUGCAAAUCCGCCACCUGCAAGUUCACAGGGUUCUCCGGGGCCCAAUAGUGGAGGUCAACCGUCCCCAAGGGGUCAAGCAAUAGCAAUAUCCACCGCCAGUGACACAAAGCCAACACUGGCCUCAGCGACGACACAAUCCGUGCCGGAAGACUCGGCCAUAACUCGAUUUGAGCCCAUGAAUUUUGUUCAACACGCCUCCCCAACUGCCCGGCGAGUAGACCUUGAUGGCAUGGUCAUGCAGACAGAUCUUGUCCAUCCACACCCUCAUACUGCAAAGCUCAACCUGCAGCUCAAUCUCGAGCCUGUGUCCGAGAUCCUGGAACGAAACGAGGAGGCCAACAUGUUUGACGCCCCCGAUUCCCCCACCACUGCCGCCUUUGCACCGUUCAUGUCCGAAUUAUUCGGUCCCUCCUGGCGCUGCCCAUCCCCCGUCGUCCUACACAUAGGGAACCCGGCUGGCGCGUCCACCCCAACUACACCGAAUGCAAUCUGUCCAAUCUGGAAGAAGAGCAACGAGCUAUUUGGGAAAGUGUUUCUCCACCGACCAGGUACCGCUGCCCUGAAUGCAGACUCGAUAGAGGCCGGUCUGCUAUACAUGGGGAUUAAAGAUGGAUGGUCCAGUUUUACUGAGUGGUCGCAGAGUCCCGCGCUCAAAAUCCUGAAAGAAGUCGACCAAUUCCUUUUCCGCAAUCUUCCGAAGAUCCAAAGGCUGGCUGUGGCAUACAAGAGCUUCAAACUCUUAAAGUACUAUCUUAAUGCCACAAAAGAAGAACUUGAGAAGGUCCCAGAGUGGUUGCGGCCCAGUUCCACCCAAUCUCGAACGAAGCAUCCCGUCGCUGUGGACUUUUUCGCUUGGCCGACUCUGCGUGAUCGCCUCGUCUCGACUCACGGCUCAGUCUUUUCGAAUCAAGAGAUGUCCCAUGCUUACGGGAAUUAUCUUCGAUUCCAGUGGCCUUUCAGCUUUGAGGAUGCUUUCUUUUAUGAUGACCUCUGCCAGGCGUACUAUCCCUCGCCGUUGUUCGAACGAUACCAUCGUGAUCUCAAGUACUGGACAGUAACACAGGAGUUCUACGACAAGUUCCCUGAGAUGAUCAUGGAUAUUGAAGGUGAUAGGGCUCGAUUUUCGGAAGUUGAAACUUGAAAGUGCUUGAGCUAGAUGAGUAAAGAGAUUUCUGUUAUUAUAAUCUGUGUAAUUUAGCGAUGGAAAACGGAUUGGGAAAUUUUGGAACGUUUAUAUGAUAUGGACAUGAUUGUUGUCU